AUGCAGCAAAAAGCCACUCACCUCGCAGAACCUCCCAAGCACCGAUUCCAGAACUCGCCGAACCCCAGUCCAAACCACUCAAACUCCGAUGCCGUCUAUCCGCACCCUCGCUUAUCUGCCCUCGGCCGCGAAAACGACCGCAGCAAAACCCAGAGAGCAGCAGCAGCAGCAUCACCAGACCCAAUCCAACCCAAACCCCCUCUUAACUAUAUCUCACAUCACUCGAUCGCAGCACACUAA